GGGCACCAAAUGUUUUUAAUAACCUGGCCACAGUUUUUCGUCUGGGCUGUGUGGCGUGUUUUGUGGAGACUCAUGCUGCUAGCACACUGCCAGUCCAGCAGCUAAGCAAACAGGCGGUGCGAUUCCACAUGGAGGGGCCUCUCGUUCUGGACCCUCAUUGGUCCGGACAGGCUUGAAAGCCUCCAUUGAGCCAGUCAGGAGGAAUUUGGGGUGCUAAUGCCACUCUCAGGAGGAGGAAUUUGUGUGAUUCUGGUAAACAGCUGACCUCAAGCUCUGCCCUCCUCCUCCUCUUUUCUCACUCCUUCCCUCCUUUUGGUUUCUGCAGUAUGUUCUCUGUGUUGAACUGCAUGAACUAACAAUCCAAAGACCACUUUGAUAUCCCACUGAUCAGUCAUGCCUUUGGUGAACUUGUUUGGGUCAAAGUGGAAGCUGCUGCUAAGCGCUCUCCUUAUUUGUGCUGUAAUCUUUGAUUUAGACGCACAAGAACAGAGGACCACUCCGGGGAGGACAUCCAAACCAAGCAAACCCAAACUUGGGAAAACAACAAAUAAAGGGCCCAGAGCUGUAACAGCCAAACCGAAAAUCAAAACCACACCUGCAGCACCAGCACAGACCGUCCUCACACAGGUGUUAAACAGAGGGAAGUUUAAGAAGGUGGGCGAGACCAUAAGUGUGCAGUCAGGAGACACUCUGGAGCUGAGGUGCAGGGGCAAACCUGUGCGGUGGAGCGUCCCCUCGUACCUGGAGGAGGAUGAUGAUGGAAGACUCAGGACUGUCCAACAGGAGCGAUACGGCGUUCUCACAUUGGUCAACUCUACUGGUGCAGACACAGGGGAGUACACCUGUUACCCUAUGUACUGUGAAGACACAGACUGCAGGAAGGACUAUGAUAAAGCUGUCAAAGUCUUUGUCUUCUUUCCAGACCCACAUGAACUAUUUGUUCCUUCGUCUGAGUACUACGAGGUGAUUCAGCUGAGAACCAACUGGCCGACGGUCCUCCCCUGCCAGGUGACGUCACCUGAGGCUAAAGUAACUCUGCACCGCGAGUUUCCACCAGUGGAGGUGGCAGUGGACGGGACAGAGAUCUCCUUUAACGUCAAGAAAGGCUUCACCAUUCAUCGCCCCCGGCCAUAUCAUGCUGGAGCUUUGUAUUGUGUAGCCAGUCUGGGCAACCUGAGGCAGAGCUCCACAAAGUACAUGCUCAUCUAUGUUAACUACCCCAUGGCUCCUCCUUCUCCAGUGAUCCAGGCCUCGUCAAGUUCGCUGGCCGCGGGGGAAAAUCUGCGUGUCAGCUGUUCUGUGGUUGGAGAACAGAACGUGGUCGUAGAGUUCACCUGGGAAUACCCAGGACAACAGAUUGGGAGGCCUCUGUACACACAAGAGAACAUCAGUCCAGUGGGUGGAGGAGCAGCUCGACAGCAGUCUCAGUCUAUCCUCCUGGUGGAUGAGAUAAGGGACGUGGACCAGGGAACGUACACCUGCACCGCCCAGAACCUGCAAGGAGCCACAUCAGUGUCCACAACAGUUAAAGUGGUCUCCAAGGUCAAACCUAAGAAACCAUAAACUGGUUGAGAGUGAGAGAAAGGGAGGCGGGGGCGGUAUUUAACAGUAUUAAACAGUAUUUUAUCAGUCACAUAUGACUACAUAAUCACAGUUUUCUCCUCCUGUUGCUAUCAGUAAUGGAGACACACUGCAGUGUUACAAUGAUAAGAGAGAUUUUGUUCUGUAGAUGAAUGUAUGUAUAAAUUGUUUUCAUGUACACACAUUGUUAUUUUGUCUUUUUCUACUAAUGUCUUACUAUACAUGAUGCAGCCAAAGAUGAAGACACUGAAAAUACAAAUAAAAUUAA